CAACUUAGGGUAUUUCACUACUCACUGAGGUCUACAAGAUACAAGUAGUCCGAGUUCAAAAGCGAUUUAUAACCUCAAGAGAUUCCCUCGUGAGACUAUCUUAGAAGUAAGUUCAAGCGAAUAAUGUGAUCGACUUAAACUGCCAAACUGCGUUUUUCUUGUAUGUUUGAAUAAUAAUACGCUAUUUAAAGAUUCUUAAAAUAGGGCAUAAGGUAUUAGUUUAGAUUUCAUACAGCAAAAGUAAAAAAAACGAGACUAUAUUAUGUAAGUAAGUAUUCAAGUUUAAACAAGAGAUCAAGGACAAAUAUACUCUUAAUAAUCAGCUGUGUAAUUCUACAUAAGUAUUUGUUUUCUAUUCCUUGGUUUGUUCCAACUAACAAAAAUCCCUUAAAAUCGAACUGACUUAACUCAAUAUAGAAAGAAAGGCAACAUUUUUUCGUCAAAAUAAAAAGCAGAAAAAGGAUUAUUAUGCAGCAACCGUGUUUUUCAAAAAAAUGUAAUGACCAUUAAAGAAUGAAAAAACAAAAAAAACGUUAGUCAUCAUUUUAAAAGUUAGUUUCUGUUAUAAAAUGCCGAGGAAAAUAAGAUUUCGCUCUCAAAUGAGUGGUCUUAGUUAAUAUCAUUAAUAAAAUAAAAUAUUAUAGCUGAGAGUUUACUCAUGAGAAAAAUGAAGGAAGAACAGAACUGUCGGUCGAGGAGUUUUGGUACUCUUUGACCAGACAAAUUCAUUGGAUGUCAUUUGGUCUAAAAACGCAAAAUAAAACGAUUUGUCAUUGUCAGGUUUACGAUUUUUGGAGAAGGCGGAAUUUGCAAUCUCAUAGCUGUAUAAACCGUUUCUUUUUUUUUAAUUGAGAAAUAAAUGAAAAAUUUUUCUAAGUGAUUCCUUCUAAUGUAUGUGUCGGUUAGGAAUGUGUUGUAUCAGAAGGAGGUAGCAGACCAGUACUAAAUACUUUUUUGCGAAGGAUCUCCAAAAAGUUUGUUCUAUGCAAUUGCCCAAAUGAUCUUUCACAAUGGAAUACCAAAUAAUCUAUUGCUAAAUUCUGCAGUGUGCAACUAAAUCACAUAAAAAACAAGAUGUUUUGCGAGAAUCGUAAAUAUUUUAACAUUGAAGUCAUGGUAACAUCAACGGUUAUAUCGGUGCGCUCUGUACUCCUCGGGCAUAAUCAUCUUGACUAAUACCAUUAAUCCAAAAAAUUCGAUGCAUCAUCAUAUCCUUUGUAAUUACUUCAAUGAGAUUCAAUUCAACAUAUUACAUAUAUACUCUACUUUAGGCGAUUUUGCACAAGAAGAACCAGAGUUGGAAGAGAUAUUCAAUGGAACUCAAAAACCAUAUGAGCCAUAUAUCGAUAUAGAAGAAACAACAAACAUAAAUGAUGGGGUAUUUGGCGAACCGACACAUGAAUCACAAAAAUGUGCUGUUAAACAGUGUAUCACGAGUAUGGACGCUGAUGCAACAGCAGCAGAUAUCUCAUUUAUUAUUGAGCAACUUAUCGAGGAGUUAAAAGAAAUGGAAAAGAAAUAUGCAAAAGACACCAUCGGUAACAGCACUGAUUCUGAAGCAAGUGGCCAUAAACAACCUAGAGCCGAAGAUGACUCGCGUGAUCAUGUUUGUACAAACAGAUGUGAAACAUCAGUUUCAGAUAAUAAUAUGAACAAUUUGAACAACAAUGCAUCUAACGAUCAUGUUUGUACAAACAGAUGUGAAACAUCAGUUUCAGAUAAUAAUAUGAACAAUUUGAACAACAAUGCAUCUAACGAUCAUGACCUAGAUCACACAUUACCAAUUGGAGAAUUUUCAAUUGAAAAUAAAACAGCCAUUGGAGUAGUUUCUAUUGUAGGCGGUAUAUUUCCCACAUUUCGGCCACAAAAUAAAUCCGAUUGUUUUCCUCGAGAUGGUCCAAACGCCGGAAAACCACAGCCACCACAACAUAUAAAAAACAAAGAUAAUAAGGGUUUUAUUACACUAGAAAUAUCUGGAAUACCUGACAACGAGGACAAUUUGGUACUGCAAUUGGCUCAUGUAACCGAAUUGUACAACGGACAGCUGCACAUACAUGCAAAUAAGAUUCAAAGAGACAAUAAAAAUUCAAGAGUAAAAGAUAGAAGUACCUUAAUGACGCCCUCUGAAUUGAUUAACACAUUUCAAUUGGAGAAAUCACGGUACGCUUUCACAGUAUGUCGAUAUCGUGGCUCAAAACAAUUGAACAACAAUUGUAAGUCAGAUACACCAUGUACUGUCGAUAUAAAAGAAGAAGAACUUGAAUAUUUAACCAAUACUGUAAUAUCGGCAAUGACGAUGGAGGAAAUAGAUCGACAGAGAAUCAUUACUCGAAUUCGUCAUCAGCCAUCGAGUACUCAAAUACCAACAAGAAAACGUAAAAGUACUGUGCUUUUACGAAAGACUACUAAGAAAGUCUGUACAUCUGAAAUAAAUAAGAAUAAUCAAGAGUGA